AUGUCGCGAGAUAAAUUGACGCAGGAUGAUCUUGCAGUCUUGGCUGUUCGAAGCAUUGUGGCAGACAUGUGCAUGCAGCACGGAGGUGGCCAUGGUGGCUCUGCUCUUGGGAUGGCCGCUAUAGGUGUUGCUUUAUGGAAAUACAUUCUACGCUUCAACCCAGCCGAUCCCGAUUGGUUUGAUCGUGACCGCUUUGUGCUGUCAAACGGGCAUGCAAGCUCUUUCUUGUAUACAAUGCUACACUUGACAGGCUACGAAGCUUGGGAUACCGAUCAGCUAAGAGGGUAUACACAUCCAAAAGAGAAUGGCUAUCAUACCCUUGCACACGGCCAUCCAGAGAGAGAGGCCCCUGGUGUCGAGGUGACUACAGGUCCACUCGGGCAGGGAAUCGCGAAUGCUGUCGGGUUAGCCAUUGCCUCGAAGAAUCUGGCCGCCACUUUCAACGAUGGCAAAGACAGUCUCAUCCAGUCCCGGAUCUAUUGCAUGGCGGGAGACGGUUGCCUGAUGGAAGGCGUUGCGCUCGAAGCCCUCUCACUGGCUGGCCAGUUACAAUUGGACAAUCUUGUUCUUAUCUAUGACAAUAACCAAGUCACCUGCGACGGUCCCCUGGAUUGGAUCAACGUUGAAAACACCAAUGAUAAGAUCCGUGCUUGUGGGUGGGAAGUCAUCGACGUUGAGGACGGGACAUACGAUGUACAAGCUAUUGUUAGUGCGUUCAGAAGAGCUACUCUUGUACGGCAGCGGCCAGUGAUGAUCAACGUUCGAACUGUCAUAGGAGCCGAUACUCAGUCAGCCGGUACCUAUAAAGCGCAUCAUGGAUUGAUCGACUCUGAGAGUCUUAUGCGGAUGAAGACUAUACUCCAAUCGAGCUCCGAGGUCUUUUCUGUUCCGUCAGCUGUCUCCGAGUACUUUCAACCGCUGAGAGAGCAAGGUAUCGUGUUACAAAACGAGUGGACAGCAAGACUUGAGCAAUACGAGGCGAGGUGCCCGCAAAAGGCGGAAGCGCUCCGGCAACGCAUGAAUGGUGGCUUGCAAGAUGGUUUCGACAUGCUGAACAGUUUGUCGAGCUCAGAAUUCACUGGCAAGGCAACCAGAGAAGUCAACGGCAUCAUCAUCCGCCAUCUCUCGAGGUCUCUACCUCGAAUGUUCGUUGGUGGGGCCGACUUGAUGAAUUCGAUGAAGAUUACAUACUCACAGCAGGAGGUCUUUGAUGCCGUCAAUCAUACAGGAAAUUUCAUCCGUUAUGGAAUUCGAGAACAUGCAAUGGCAUCGAUCGCAAAUGGCCUUGCAGCGUAUCAUCCUGGAACCUUCUUGCCAGUCACCGCAACCUUUUUCAUGUUUUACCUCUACGCUGCACCUGGGGUACGAAUGGGUGCCUUGAGCAAACUUCAAGUCCUUCAUAUCGCAAGUCAUGAUUCCUUUGCCGAAGGCCAGAAUGGCCCGACGCAUCAACCAGUCGAGUUAGACUCACUCUAUCGUGCCAUGCCAAACCUGUGGUAUUUUCGGCCUUGUGAUGCUGAAGAGCUGAUCGGUGCCUGGCAAUGUGCUUUGGCAAGUCGGGAAAGCCCCUCUCUAUUCUCGUUGGCACGAGAUGCUGUCGGUACCAUUCCUGGAACACACCGCUCCCGCGUGAAAUAUGGGGCUUAUGUCGUUCUUGAACAACAGAAUGCAGACUUAACCAUCGCUAGCUGUGGUUCCAAUUUACAGCAUGCGGUUGAGGCUGCUCGGCUGUUAUCAAGGGACCAUCAAAUAAGCGCGCGGGUCGUGAGCGCCCCUUGCUUGGAUCUAUUCGAAUUGCAAGCCCCAUACUACAAGGACGCGGUCUUUCCUCGAGAUGGAAAACCAAUUGUCAGUGCAGAAGAGUAUGUUCCGACCGUCUGGGCACGCUAUGCUACAGCAAGUGUCGGUAUGUCAUCGUAUGGCUGUUCAGCGGCGAACGAAAGCAACUAUGCGCGAUUCUCGUUAGAUGCCCGUGGCAUCGCCCAGAAGAUUCGAGACUACUUGACUCGUUUAGCAGGAGCGGAUGCGAGAUUAGCUCUCUGGCAGCAAUUAUGA